AUGACGCUGUCCUUGGGGUUCUUGUCGCGGUCUGUCUCUACACGUCAAGCACUACGCUCCCUGCAUUGCCCCUUGCAAAAUAACUCAUUUCAUCAUUCAUGGCGAACGCUAUCGACUGAAUCGGGAUCUCAGAGGAAGACUUCACUAUCUUCAUCGACAGCCCGCACGUCGUCAUAUGGCAGGAUGCAUAGUGAGGUGUACAAGGCAAAGAAUAGAGCUCUGUUGAUGUACACUACGGCGGUGAUCGUUGUUGCUGUGGGCGCAAGCUAUGCUGCUGUUCCUCUGUACCGCAUGUUCUGUGCCGCGACCGGGUUUGCUGGGACACCGAAAGUCGGGACUGGCCGUUUCGAACCGGGGCGCCUUGUCCCAGUCGAAAACGCGACACGAAUCAAGGUUCACUUUAAUGCGGACAAAUCGGAGCAACUUCCUUGGACGUUUACUCCUCAACAAAAGUUUGUAACAGUCCUUCCGGGAGAAACCAGUUUGGCCUUCUAUACUGCCAAAAAUACAUCAAAGAAAGACAUCAUUGGCAUCGCGACGUACAAUGUCACUCCAGAUCGAGUUGCUCCUUAUUUCUCCAAAGUGGAAUGCUUUUGCUUCGAGGAACAGCGUCUCUUAGCUGGGGAAGAGGUCGACAUGCCGUUGCUAUUCUUCAUAGACAAAGACAUUCUGGAUGAUCCCUCGUGCAAGAAUGUCGAAGAUGUCGUUCUGUCAUAUACUUUUUUCCGUGCUCGACGAAAUGAGCAUGGGCAACUCGAGCCAGACGCGGAUGAGGAUGUGGUGCAGAAUUCACUCGGGUUUGGAGGUUACGAACACGCCCCAAAGGCAGAAAUCCGGAAUGUCUCUGAAGACCAUAGCUCUUCUACAUCAUAG